AAGAUCAAACCAACAAGAACCCAACAGCCCCCAGAGGCAGCGCUUUUUGCUUUGGGACUUAAUCCCUAAUGAAUCAUUUAUUUUCCUGACCUCAAGCCUCCAUUUGCUUCUUCGACAUCUCCAGGCAUCCUUCCUCAUUUUGCCCUCUGAAAUAUCCUAAUCAAACGUCCUCCAUAGGAUGGCCCUUUGGACACUCUGAGUCUUCUCCUCUCCUGGCUCCAUCCUCAGUUCCUUCCUCUGGUUCUGAGGGUCUCCCCCUCCUUGGCUUGAACUGCUUUCUGUAGUCCCAUCAUGCCCGACUCUUCGUGACCCCAUUUGGGGUUUUCUUGGCAGAGAGAUAGAGUGGUCUGCUAUCGGCUUCUCCAGCUCAUUUGGCAGAUGGUGAAGUGACUUGUCCAGGGUCACACAGCUAAGCAGUGUGUGAGGCCACAUUGAACUCAGGAAGAGGAGUCUUCUUGAUUGCAGACUGGGGCUCUAUCCACUGCGCCACCUUGCUGAGGCUGAGAGGUGAAGCCAUUUGCCUGGUCCUGUCGCCCUUUUCCCAUCCUUCCUCCCCUCCCUCCCUCCACGAUGACGAGCCUGAGCAGCCGAGGUCAGGACUCUUCUGCCGCCCUUCCUGCGGUCACCAGCUGGGUGAAGCCAGGGGUCUGGGCUGGCACUGGGCACCUCCCUUCCCGCCAGUGCCAGGAGGUUCGAGCCUUCCUCAACCUUCUAGAGGACAGCUACCUGCAGCAAUUCUUUGCCACAGAUCUCUGCUUUCAGAUCUCAGAUAAGUAUCUCUUGGCAAUGGCUCUGAUUUAUUUCCAAAGAGCUGGCCUGCAGCUCAGUGAAUAUACCCACAGCAACCUCUUCUUAGCCCUGUAUCUAGCGAAUGACAUGGAGGAAGACAGAGAGGACCCCAAGUAUGAGAUUUUGCCCUGGGCCCUGGGCCAGGGCUGGCGGAAACUUGUGCCCAGCUUCUUGCGCCAGAGAGACCAGCUGUGGGCACGUAUGGGCUAUAGGGCAGCUGUAAGCCGACACUGCUGUGAAGAGGUCAUGGCAAAGGAACCAUCCCAUUGGGCUUGGACAAGGGAGCGACCAAUCCACCAUGGGGGUGCUCAACGAAGCUCCCUCCAGGGGAACCAGAACUGCCCUUCUGUCAUGUCUCAUGUCUCAAACCUCUCUCCACUGGGUUGCUCCGUCUGUGGCUGCUGGGUCCGGUGGGGCCAUUCCCCGUUUCCUCCCAAAGAGCCUUCUCCCAAACAGAACUCCCUUAAACAGUGUCCCCCUCCACCGCAGUCCCCCAAACAGCCUCUUCCUACUCAGUCGCUUCCCACAAUUUCCUUGGCCCCUUGGCCCAGGAACCUUUUCCUUAUCCUCCCUCCAAUGCUGAGACUAGAACCUGGAACCUACACUUUGCAAAAAAGCAGUUCCUGUCUCAGAUUCAAAAUCCUUCACAAUCUGGAUACUAUGAUCUUACUAGAAUGAACCUCGCCUCAUCAUCUCUGUUCUGGCCAUUCAUGCCAGAGCUGGCCACCGCGGUUUCCCCUGGUUCCUGGCAGUCAGUAGGAUAAAGAAGAGUCAGGACCAGCCUGCCGGCCCCUCU